AGCUGUCCCCGGUUCUCCGCUCUGCUCUCGAGGGCACCUGCGGGGGUCCCCGCGCCGCGGUUCCGAGCCCUGCGUGGCCCCCGCCCGCACCUAACCUGCAGCCGGGGCCAGUCACUCUGGAGCCAGCAUGUCGUCCGACUUCGAAGGCUACGAGCAGGACUUCGCCGUUCUCACGGCAGAGAUCACCAACAAGAUUGCGAGGGUCCCCCGACUCCCACCUGAUGAGAAGAAACAGAUGGUUGCAAAUGUGGAGAAGCAGCUCGAAGAAGCGAAGGAACUGCUUGAACAGAUGGACUUGGAAGUUCGAGAGAUACCACCCCAAAGUCGAGGAAUGUACAGCAACAGAAUGAGAAGCUACAAGCAAGAAAUGGGAAAACUCGAAACAGAUUUUAAAAGGUCACGGAUCGCCUACAGUGACGAAGUACGGAAUGAGCUCCUGGGGGAUGAUGGGAAUUCCUCAGAGAACCAGAGGGCACAUCUGCUCGAUAACACAGAGAGGCUGGAAAGGUCAUCUCGGAGACUAGAGGCUGGAUACCAAAUAGCAGUGGAAACCGAGCAAAUCGGUCAGGAGAUGCUGGAAAACCUCAGUCAUGACAGAGAAAAGAUACAGCGAGCACGUGAAAGACUUCGAGAAACAGAUGCUAACUUGGGGAAAAGCUCCAGGAUCCUGACAGGGAUGUUGCGAAGAAUCAUCCAGAACCGCCUCCUGCUCGUGAUCCUGGGAAUCAUCGUGGUCAUCACCAUCCUCAUGGCCAUCACUUUCUCUGUCAGAGGACACUGAUGCAUCUGCUGCCCGGAUAAACAGCCACGGCGGCCUGUUCUGAGUAAUUAAGACAAAAUGGUCACAUGAAUCAUUCUUCCGCGCUGACAGCCCCUGGGUGACCCCGCCGUUCGGCUGGAGGGCCGGGAGUGUGAAAACGUUUUCUGUUCCGUUUGCAUGCCUGGUUUGUCUUCACCCAGAUUUGUGUGUAGAGGGAAGGUGGACAUUUGUUUGCCUUUUGGUCACUUCCUCCCCUCACCAAAACUGCUCCGGUGCCAUGCUUCAGUACCUUGUAGACCGGCCAGGGCUCGUGGUUUGCCAGAGGGCAUGAGGGGUCAGUCACACACCUCUUGUCACCAAAAAGCCCUUCUGUGAUGGCUGAGGAUAAAAAUGCAGACAAAAGCAGAGCCCAGCAAAGGAGCCCUGUCCCCGCCCAGGCGUAAUGAAGACACCAAACUCGCCCGAGUGUUUAUUUUUACAAAGAUGGGUAUUUAAUGUCAGUUGUGCAGGAAAUUGACUUAGCACUUUCCUUAUUUUUCUGUUGCAUAAUUUCUUUCUUUCUUUUUUUUUUUGGAAACCUAAGAAUAUUUUUUGCUGGACCUGCCCAAUACCCACUUUUCACAACUUUGGCCACUGGCUACGAGAAAUAUUUCCUUGCCUUCCCCCGAUCCCAUCUGCUUCAGAAGUUGCUGGCAGAGUGAGCCCUAGCACAGAAUGUAAUUGUGACCUCGUCUUCCCUGACCUGUGUAGGCGUCUCUGUCUGCAUUCAGUUUUAAUAUUUGCACUGCCAAAAGCGGCCCUGCUACAUGCAAAGGUCUGACAAGGUCCCCUCCACACCCAGGCCAGUAUGCAAAGAGGACAUGAAUAUUUCAGCGAGAGCAAGCACACGGCGCUGUCGGUGUGAAAUUUCCAACGUGAUUGUAACCGUGGGAGACUCCUAUAGGGUGAUCCACUGGAAAUAAACUUUAAGGAAAAUGUUCACUCACCUCCUUUAAAAGAAUAAGGGACUGUGACUUGGAUUUUUUUUUUUUUUCUUUUUACUAACAAUAAUGUCAACCAAGCCUUCCUGAAUUCACUGUGAUCAUUUUCAUUUCUUUCUGUCUGAGGGAACCUGGAAUCACACGCAAAAUGAGCCCAUUUGUGAUCAGGCUUAAAAGUUGCCCAGGCUGAGACCAUUUUUCCCCCAGUUGUAAAGCCAAAUGUGUUUUUCUUAAGACUUCAUAGGCACUUCUGGGGUCCGCUGCACCGACGUUUGAAUACCAUUAGAAGCUUGGAGUGCUUGAAAAGCAGACUUGUUCUCUCCAUAAACAAUGCUAACCACCUGUGCGCAGGGACCAAGGGCACCGAAGGUAGCACUGGUUUGGUUUUUCCCCCAACUCAGAAGGGAGAACCAAAGUAGUUUCGUGAGGAAAUGACAGACGCACCAGAGGAACAGGUCUUAGCUCCAGCGGAUCAUCUGGUGCUGUGUGAGUAGAGCUGUCCUUGACUUUGGAGGGGUGGUGUGAAGCCGAACCAAGUAGGACAGCGAGGCAGGCGGAAGCCCUGCUGAUUCUCCCAUCUGUGUGGGGCCCCACCUCAUCCAGAACCUGCUGACAGCAGGAUUCUGUAUGGGCUAACCCCGAGGAGGAAGCCGUUACGAAGUGGGGACGCCCUUUCCCAUUCUGACACACUAGCAGCCCGUGCGGGUGCUCUGCCAUCCCCUCUGCUGGCCUCCGUUGAAGCUGUGCAUCCUGGGGGGGGGUGUGUGUGGAAGUGGUCACCCCCUCCGGCCGUCCCGUCCACGAGCUCACAGACUUCCCAAGGCCAGCUGGCAGGCAAGGUUGAUCCGAGCAUCUCAAUGUGCCGGCUCCUAAGUGUUUCACUAAAACCAGCACUCGUGUUGAAGCAGACGAAAUGAGAACGAAAAAGAGUGCAUUGUUCACGACUCCAUGGCUCCUUCAACGUCUUUAUCAGCUCUAGGCUGUGAUUUUUCCCCAGUUCAACCUUGGGAGUGGUAAGGCUAUGAACAGAGAACUCUUGGCCUAACGGCUCCCUCGAUCCUCACCUAGACCUGGCUGGUGAGCGCCUUGGGAGGAGGCGGGUCAGCAGGGCCCCUGAGUUCCCCCUGCCCGCCACUCUAGGGCGCCCCACAGGAGGCCGGGUACCCGCCCUCCCCCUGCUCCACGAUCUGAGAGAGGUUCUAGGUACCUUGUGGGCUCUGCUUGAUGGGUAUUUCCAAAGUCGGGAACCUUUGUUAAAAACGCUGUUGGACAGGAUGGGGUGGGGGUGGGGGGAUGAAGAGGAAGAUGGAGGAGGAAGAUGGCAAGGAGGCCCUGACCAUAGAAAAUUCAUGCAGACUAAACCAUUGCCCUGGCAGAAUAAAUAAAGCGAUGAUGCUACCCUGCUCCAGAAUCAAAAGCAACGCAAUUAAAGUCUCUUAAGUUGUAAAGAGUUUUAAAUGUUCCGUGUUGAAGGCGAAGGCCUGCGAACGGGCGGGCGUGACGUCAGCCGCCAGGCUGGGGCUGGGAGCCAUUUGCUAUUCUGUUUCAGGCAGGCUGGAUUGUCUUAUUUUGGAACCAGCUUGGUGGGGGGUUUGCUUUGCUACUGCUUCUGAGCCCUGAGCUUCAAAGGCUGAAAUUAAUGGUGAACAAAAUUGUGCGGCUCUGGCCGUCCCAUGCGGGGCAGGCCCAUUGAGGGUUAUCAUUAAGUAAAGAAAUAAAGAGGGGGAAAAAAGCCUGCUUGCUCCAAAAACCUCAUCAGAUAAUGACCUCAGUGAUUGGGUUUUCAUUUCCAAACAGCAUCCAGAGAUUAUCAGCCCCGAGAAGGAGGGAGGGAAGAAAGGGAAGAAAGAGAAAGCCACUGUCUUUCUCUCUCUCUCUUUCUCCUUUUUUUUUUUUCCCCUGCACAUCUUUUCUUUAAAACUGUCAGAUCAUUUCAGUAUUUCAAAUCCGAGGAAAACAGCCUGCCUGCUGCUGUAUUUGAAGUUGUAAUGGUGUCAAAAAGUCACGACUGACUGACAGCCGUCAGUCCCAGAGGGGCUCAUUAAAUCAUAAAAACUUGACAAGGAAAUAAUUGCGCAUCGCCAGCAACUUGGCGCCUGUUUAGACGUUUUUAUUUUCUUUCAUUAUUAGUCUCCAGCAUUACGUUCAUUAACAAAUUGCAUUAAACAACUGUUAAGGGCUAAUGAUUUGUUUAUCGCUUUUUUUAUUAUUAUUAUUUAAACAUUAGCUGUGUCACGUGGUACCCCAGCGGCUUCUUGCCAUCAUCUGACUGAAUAUCUUUCCACUCUGAGCUCUGGGUACUGUUGGAAUAUGAAAUAGAUUAUUCAUUACGCUCCUCUUUGCCAGUGAUUUGGUUUCAUGUAGCGUCUUCCACAGAGAAAGAUGAAAACUUGUCAAAAAUAGGUUAUAUCUUAUUCGAGGGGCAACAAUAGCAGCAGGAACAGGCACACUUUAAUAUUUAAUUAAGGUUGAUGUUAACCCCUUUCAAUGACUUUAGCUGUACGUUAUAUUUAAAUGCAGAAGAGAAAAAUAAUUGUUCUUAAUUUGCAACCUGUUCAGCAGGCAUUCUUCGUGGAGUUCACUGGAAAUUUAGAGCAGGAUUUUUUAAAUAAUGAAAUUUCCCAUCAUCAAUAUUUAUAGCAGUUUGUCUACGUAGUCCGAGAAUGAGCCACAAGCGACGAUUUCCUCAUCUCUGGUUUGAACUGCCAGCCGGUGGGGCACCACGUGCUGGGGAGCAGAGGGCACUUUCCCGGGGGAAGUGAGCACUGGGUGGCCAAGUCCAGAGCCAAGGCCGGUCAGGCGGCCGGUCGGGCGGCUGUGGCCCGCACUGGUUUCAAAGGGACGGCUGUGAGUCUCCAGUCUCUGGGCCACUUGCCUUCCCCUCUCGCUGAGUGUGUGGUUGGAGGAGUGUGGUCUGGGGCGAGAGUAAGCAGGGACGCCUUACAGGAGGACUUGUGUGUGUCCAGACUGCCCCAGGCUGGGGCAGGCGGCGUCCUGGGGGCUGUGCCGUCGCCUGGAGCUCAUUACAAACAGUGCCUUCCUCGCAGGCGACUGGAGUGGCACUUGGUGGGGAUCGGCCUUCCCCCCUGUUUCCUUUCUGUGACUUGCCGUUGGUGACUUGAACUGGUUUUCCGUGGGCUCUGAGCUUGAGGGGCCAGAGAAGACAGACUGCCCCCUUGUCAUCCUCAGCCUCGUGCGUGCCGUCCUCCCUGCCUCCCCGUUGGAUGAGUUUCCCUGACAUUGGAAGGUGCCCCAGAAGCCUGGUUCGUGAGCACCCUCAAGGCCGGGGACCAGAGAAUGCAGAAUACCAAUCUCCCUUCCUCUUUCUGCUCCCCUCUUCCCAUCCCCACAGCACCUGCAUCCCCUGUGUGCCUUGGCCAUGGGUGUGCUGGGAAGAGAUGGUGUCUCCCGCACAGGACAGAUGGGCCUGCAGGAGGUAACAUAUAGGACAAACGGCCUGCAGGCACGAACAAGGGGAGACCCAGUCUCAAGCUUCGUUGCUCAUGGUUGGUGUAGAACAGCAGCUGCCCCAUGGUCCAGAGUGUCUCCUGCCGCCAUUUCAGUUCAGGCCACAUCAGCCAACCUCCCCCUUAGGCUGGCCACCACACCUCAAGAGAUGUCCCUAGAGCCAUUUUUCCUGUGAUGAGUGGCCCCAGUGCAACUCUGAAGGCCCUGGUUGAGGGUGCUGCCUGUGUCUAGAACCCAGUCCUCAAACUUGACCCGACCCCAUGCUGUAACUCACUGUCUUUAGACUUGACCCAAGACACGGUCUUGUUUGUGUGGCUGAAUAAGUGGCACCUGCCAGAGGCGGGCCACACAAAGAGGCUGUCAGACCAGAUGCCAGCCUUUUCUGUCUGCUUGUUUCAUAAUGGGGCAGCUGACUUGUGGACAGCCAGGAAAGGCCUUGAAACCACGGGCACUGCACCUGGGGACUGUGUGUGAUUGGAGCCACAGCAUCCUGAAAUGGGUGACUGAGCUGAGGUCAGUGUGCCUUCCUGCUGUGGGCUGCCGAGAGAGGAGACCUGUCUGCGUGAGAUGCCAAGUCAGUAAGCAGAGACAAGCCGGACAAAUCCAUGUGGCAGAGCCAGGUAUGUAGGAAGGAGCAGCACAAGGGAAGAACCGAUGGAUCCCCCGGGACCCGAGCGUAAGAGGUGGUCAGUGGACGCAUCCUGGGGAACAGGAAAGGAGAAUCAAAGAGGAAAGAUCAGAGUUUGUCUUCUGGGACCCCUGCCCAAGGCACACGCAGUCCUGUCGCCAAGCCUCCCAGGGCUCCCCAGCACACCAUGGAGAAAGCACUUGCUCGACCGGAGUGGCCUCGCGAAUCACACCGCCCCAGCCACGCAGGCACGGGGGAGAGGCCACGCCGCGGAGCUCUGCGCCGUGAUGCCGUGAACCCGCGCAGCCCUCCCCCCUUCAUCCACACAGGGCCCUUUGGCGUGAAUAAUAGCGCUCUGGCUCCGAGGCCCGUAUUGAUCGACUGCACACGCAGCUCCGCGGAGGCCGCCUGGGCUUGUCCUGGGGGCAGGACGGCCCCGUUCAGCACAGCUGCCUCCCCCAGCUCCCUGGGCUGCCCCAGGUGUGCUAAGAAGAGGACAGGAUGGGGCGGUGGGGGUAGGGGAGCGAGGCCAAGGCCCCUCUCCAGCUUGGCGCUGCUUUGUUGCUGCAACUUUUUUAUUUUUCACUUAUUGUGCCAGGAAAAGUAGCUGUGUCACAGAGAAAUAGUUUUUUCAUGCUGAAGCCCCACAGAGUCGAGAAUGAAAUCCUCCUCCGGCACCAGCCCCUCUCCACACGAUUCUGCCAAGGACCCAGGCCGCCUGGGCACCCUCAGCUGACCUUCGCGGGGGCCCUGCGGCACGCCCGGCAUUGGACUGAGCACACCUACUGACUGCAUCUUUCCCUUGAUUUUCCUUUUCCUGCCCCAUCAGGAGGGAGAGCAGCUGAGGGUGCAGCCAGAUUCCAGCCCCUCCCUGCAGGACGGGCGGUUGUUGCUGAAUUCGGUGGACAGGCAGCAGCCGCACGCUGGUACAGCAGCAGGGACGGAGCCUGCUGGCCCCGCUGUGUGACACUGCCCACAGCGUCCCCUUCCCGGGCUCGCAUCACCUCUGGACGCAAGGAGUGGCCGAGGCCUUGGCGUCUCUGAAGGAUGUGCCCCGUUGCCCGCACAGUGGCUCCCUAUGGGCUGGAGAUGCCGAAAUCGCACCUCCUUUCGUUUCUGACCUUGAAUGCAAGGAAAAUGCGGAUUGAAUUUGUUCCCCAGGCAGCCUCAUUCCUACAGGUCCUCCUGGGUGAGUUGUCUGACCCUCUCCUACAAGCAGAUCUGGGGCUUGGGAAGAGAAGUCCACCCCACGAGGAAGCACUUGGUGGUCUUUGGAAAACGGAUGGGCAGGGAAGGGGCCCGGGUUUUCCAGGACCAGGUCCCCAGAGGGAUCGGCUGGCAGGUCCCACAGCAGCAGCAUCCUUGCUGGGGAGGAGGGAGGUCGAGGUGCCAGGCAGGGGUGGAGUCAGCGCAGGGAAGCUGAGUCCAACGCGUUGUUUCUUUCUGUGAGCUGCUGUAGCCUGGGCUGGCCCCGGCCCUGCAGAGGCAGAAGGAGGUCCAGGAACCCCGGGUGCAGUUUGGCCUUUGGGAAAGGACUCAAAAUGGAUUCCCCACGCCCUGCUCAGACCCUCCCCACACUGUGGUCUUUGUGACCCUCAGAGCCUCUCUCCGCUCCGUUCCCAUCUCACUCAUUCACCCCAGCCCUCGCCUCCAGAGCUCUGGGCUGCGUUUCUAAAGAAAACAACUUUAGAGCAAGGAGAACUGGAUGGCUUCGGCGAGCUCAUUAUUGUCCCCAACAUGGCUUCUAAAUAUUCAAACCUCCCCUUGUUUGAAGCAGGAAAUGUGCAAUCAGAUUUAUUCAUCCAGGCAAUAAAUAUUUAUUGAGUAGCUACUAUAUUCCAGGCCCUGAAGACGUGUGGUGAAGAAAAUAGAUAAGAAACGAGAUAGUCUCACUGCCUCGGGCGGUCACUCCCAGGAUCCUGACCUGCUCUCUGGUCUGAGACAGGUUGCUCUUGGGGUGUCUGUCACCUCGAGGUGCCCCUACCUCUCCCACUUUGCACUGCUGCUCCAGAGAUGAAUGCCCACCCCAAAUCACAUGGCCAAUGGACAGUGCUGUGUGCCCUUUCCCCCUUGCAGUCCCACGACUGUGUCUGCACAGGAGUGUGGCUGGAGUGACAGCCCUGGUCCCCCGUCCAGGCCCAGCCCAGGCGAAACGGGAUAGGAAACCGGGACUAUGGAGACCAGGCCUGCCUUGUAGGAUCUUUUGUUUCUUGUUAUCAUUAAAUGAGAAAGGUUGGAUUUGACAAGCAAUCAUAAGCCCAAAAUAUCAUAAAAGGGGCGGGGGGUUGCUGAGUGGCUGAGAGGUGCUCUGUGGGGGCGUCACAGGCCAACGAGGUGCGUGGCGAAGUCACAGGCUGCAAGCAAGCUGGAGUUGGAGCAGGAGCUCUUUCCAGAGGCAUCUCUCCCUCCCACCCCAUUACUGCGUGGGAAGGGGAAAACACAAGUCAAACCCAGGUUUGUGCGCGUGGCUGAUUUGGCCCUCUCGUGACACUGUGCCGUGUCUGGGCACAGGAGGUGCCAGGCAGCCCACAAAUGCAGCCUUGUGUCCCCUUCCUCCAGACAGGCAUCCCCUGGAAAAGAAAACAGCCGGAGACAGCAGGGAUCUGGAGCGAGGCAACGUGGCGUCAGCAUCCCUUGAGCUCCGACAUCCUUCGUGGUGACAGUUUGAGUGCCAAAAAGCCACCAGGUGGAGGAGCUCAGGUUCAUGGGACCUUUGAGCUGUGCACGCUUAGGGGCCAUUCUAGCCAACCUGCUCAUCUUCAGGAGGGGAAACGGAGCUCAGAGAGGGGAUGAGAUUUGCAGAAGGUCAUCUGACAAACGUGAGUGUGCUGGGAGCUGACUCCGGCCUUACUGGGACUUUUUUGCACCAUGAAGAGCAACUUCAGCAGCACCAAGAGCUGGACCAUUGUCGCUGUCACCUCCCCUUCCGGUCCCUUGCUGAUCCCUCCAUCCAACAACUCCAGACCAGGUCUUUUACCACCUUCCCUGGCCACAGGGCAGGCCCACUCCACACCCCCAUUCACACGCUGGCACUGAGGUUUCCCAGUUGGAUUUUAUUUAUUUACUUUUUAAGUCAACUCAGAACAGCUCCGUAGCAUCCCUCCUGGCUGUGACUGUCUUCUGCCUGAAUGCCAGACUUGCCCCCAACCCAGACAGCCAUGGAAGGGUGGGGACUGGGCACAUGCACUCACUCCGCGGCCUAUCGGAGUUUGGGGUGAGGCACGUGGUGGGCGUUCCCACCUGAGCUGGCAGUGUCAUGAGACAUUCAAUGCAGUGGACUCAGUAGGGGUGGGCUUGAAGCCCACCUUGAUCCUGCCUGGCACAAAGGUUGCAGGAUCUCUAGGGAAUGCCCAGCUCCUGUGAGUUAGCUGCCUGGCUUGGCCUUCUGCCCUAGGCCUGGGGCACACAGGUUGGUCUAGCAGCUGGCAGGAAGGGCAGCUAGGCUCAAGAGCUCAUGCAUGCCCUGAGUCUCCCCUGGAAGAAGUCUCAUGAAGAAGGGAGCACCUGGGAAGAUCCCCUUUUCCUUCUCUCAGCCUUUCCAAGUCUUGCUUCUCUCUCCCCUGGCCAGCUCAGGGCCCCAUCCUAUGGAAAACCAUGAAGUACGGCAUGCAACACAGGUAAUUGCACGUGUGUGUCACAUAUUCUGACCUUUGCACUUAAAAUGGGCAUUGUACAAAGUUAGAGAUGAGCAAUAACAGUUAUACUAAUAAUUUAAAAUUUUUUACUUAGAACACCAAAUUAACUAGCAAAUUAGAGACACCACAGCUUGGGGCCGGUGCUGUGGUGUAGCGACACUGCCACCUAAAGCACCGGCAUCCCCUAUGGGUGCCGAUUCAAGACCCGGCUGCCCAACUUCCGAUCCAGCUCUCUGCUGUGGCCUGGGAAAGCAGUAGAAGAUGACCCAAGUCCUUGGGCUCCUGCCCCCAGGUGGGAGACCCAGAGGAAGCUCCUGGCUCCCUGGCUUCGGAUCGGUGCAGCUCUGGCCGCUGCGGCCAAUUGGGGAGUGAACCAGCAAAUGGAAGACCUCCUCUUUCUCUCUCUCUCUCUCUCUCUGUGUAACUCUGACUUUCAAAUAAAUAAAUAAAAUCUUUAAAAAGACACCACGACCAAUCGAGAGAGAGACUGGGGAAGAAAAAGAAUGCAAGUUUCUUGGUUUAUGAACAAGCGCCUCAAAUUUCCAUUUUUCAGUGGGUCCCACCAAUUAUGUGGCCAGGGCUACCUCUUUCAGGUAACAUUUCUGGAAUCAAUGAAUGAACCAGUCCUGUUAGAUCAAGUUGCCUCUCCUUGAACCCGAACGUGAAAGCAUCCACAGCAUCCUUUAGGACAGGAAGGAGUAGAUGAUCCCAAUGGUGGGUAAUUGAACUCACUGCACUUCAAGUGCUGUCUUCCGGCUCGCUCCAGCUCAACUUCCUAGAGAGAACUCAUUAGAGGGUGGGAUUAGAACCCAUGUAGAACACGGUCACGUUCAACUGAGACCCCUAAUUAAUUGCUCUUCCCUUCGUAACAGCGACAGCCUCCUUCCCUGGGGGAUGGCAAUUUCAUGGUUCCUGAGGAUGGUGCGAUUACAUUAGCUGGAUCACUUGGGCAGUGGGUGUCAGGAGCAGUGCUUGGAGCCUGUCUCAGAGAUGGGGAGACAUCGCUCUGAAAGCUAAAGGGGCGGAGGUGGAGGAAACCAUGAGAAUGCCUGUUGCUAGUUCUCAUUAAUGUGUUGCUGUUCCUAACAUCUCAUUCAGGCAUUCCUUUCAAGUCCCGUUUUCUCUGAGCUCCACGCUGCCUCCUUCCUCAUACCCCUCACUUUUUUUUUUUUUCUAAUAUCCACAGGGUUAUUGUUUGUGAAAAUCUGUUUAUUUGCUGUAUUCCACAGAGUAAUUUAUUUUCAUUAGGUUUCUUGGAAACA